AUGUUAAACGACUCAGUUUCGGUUGUCUUGGACGAAACUAUUGAAAGCAAAUUACUGCAAGGAAAAUCCAUCCACAAAUUUAUCCCAUUCAAGUCAUUCGAGAAGAUCAAAAGUUAUUCAUUGGCAGAGAUGAAUACUCCAGAAACAAUUGUGAUUUACAAUGGAAAGAUCAUUAUUGGUGAUACUUACAAUAACAAUUUGGUGACGAUUGACAUGAUUGAAGGUGAAAAGAAAGUUAUUGAAUUUAACGAUUCUCCAUUCCACCCUUUCCAGAUUUAUAUCGAGAAUGGAUAUAAAAAGGAUGGAAAGCAAAGUUAUGGAUCUGCAUUGAUAUUCUAUUGUUUCACUCAAGGUGUUCAAAAACAUGACAUGAGGGAUGUGUUAAAUGAGUGGAAUUCAUCAAAAGCUAUUUGGAAGUUGAAUGUGUCAUUUGGUUGCAUGAUCAUUGAUAAAACGAGGGGUGCAAUUCAUGUGUUUCCAAAGUAUGAGUUCUUGUCUGCCUAUGUUCCAGUUGUAUUUCCUGAAAAUACAUCCUUUGAUCUGGAAACUGGAGUAAAAUUGAGUGAUAACUUCAAGAUCAAUAGAGAAACAUUCACAUUUCCAGUAUUUGGACCAGAUAACUCUGUAUUGAUUCAUGACGGAAAUACUAUUGAGAAAUUAAUAUUGAAAGAUGGAGAGUAUUCUGAUAAGGAUAUUGGUUUCAGAUCUUUGAAGAAAGAAGGAGUGUAUAGAUUGUAUUAUGAUAACGAGUUGACUGGACUGUUAUUUGUGAUUGGAAAGGAUUAUAUUUCUGUAUUGGAUACUAAUCUCAUUGAAAAGUAUUCUUACCCAAUUGAUUUUGUUUGCACACAAAUAGCUGUCAAUAAGGAAACAAGUGAACUAUUUGUUUUGAGUGCCAAUAACAAGAUUUUACAUGUUUACAAAAUACAUACUGAUUAA